UCCGAUGCGAACCCGCCCUCCGAGAUGACGAUGGCUCAGUGCCCAAUGGUCCGUCCGACGAAGUCGUCUAGAAAUACCGUGCUCUUCGCGCACUGUUCGCAUGGCGGACCGUUCACCCAGACACGCGCCCAUACCCUUAUUUGUCUCGACUCUCGCCAUUCCCGCCGAUCAUAGCUCGCGGUGGCCUUUUUCCCUUCUGCUGCCUGCUCGCCUUGCGCAUACCCAGAUCCAUGUUGUUAAUCUAUCGUCGGCUCGAGUUCUCCAGUUGAUCUUACAAAUCUUAUCAUUAUCGCAGAUAAUGGCACGCCUUCCUGAUGUGGGGUUAGUAUCCCUCCUCCUCCCAAGCUGCUGCCGCAAGCUUGCCCAUCGUACCCGAGGUCGGUCCUCACGACGUCACCGACCAAGUCUAUUCUCCCUCGCCCGGCCGGGUCACCGCCAUGACAAUCUGGAAGUCCACUGUCGUCACGGUUAUUUCGGCAGAGUGAGAGAACUCUUUUCCCAUGGUCUCCGCUCUUUCUGGGCCUACUUUUAUCGCUCUCAAUCAAUCGUGCAUCAGAUCGUCACGAUAAAGGCCCAGAGACUAAGAGCUGCCCCUCCCCUCUCAACUCCCGUUGGCGCCGAAAGCCGGAAUUGCCCAAUCAACCCCUCCCAGGAUUGAGAUUGGAAUUUAGCCUCUGGUUAUUAUCAUUUACACCGCCACGAAAAGUGAGAUC